UAUGACUGAUAGCUGUAUUGUCAGUUGUGAUGAUGGUGGUAAUGACUUAUUAAUCAGUGUAUGGCCCACUUCAAAUCAGCAGUGGAAGAGGGCUUCUUUUUGAAGAGAGAACUUGCGAUUUGCAGCAUCGACGAUACCAAUCACUGAGAUAAGUCAUCUCUGGCAAAAGGAAAAUUAUCUCAAUUCAAAUAUAAGGAAAGAAAGUAAGAAGGCAUCAACAUGCCUUCAUCUAAGAAGGACGGAGUACGAGAAACAGGCGGACAGGUUGACAAUCUGGUAUUUGCCCUGAUCGACUCAUUGUGCGAUAAAGAUGAGCUUGCUGAAGAGUUGAUACGUGAUUCAUUGGUGGAGCUUGGGAAGAAGAAAACAGAUCUAGUCAUAAGCUCUACGUAUUACUAUCUGAAGAAGAAUUCUAAGCUCCCCAUUGCUCACAGAGUGGCUAUUUUGAACUGUAUGGAGAGAAUCUUAAAAGAAUGUCUAGAAGUGUUGGACAUGAAGCUUGCCUCCAGUGUUAUAGACCAAGCAUUAAAAGAACUUACCACUUCCAAGGAAAUUGUUCCUGAAUGGCAGUCUGCAGCCAGUGGUGUUCUUGUAGCCUUAGGAGCCAGAUAUUGCAAUGAAGUGAUGGAAGUACUGGUACAGAAUUUCAAGCCUGGAGCUUUACCUCAUUUCUUUAUUGUACAGACUAUGGCUAAUCUCAGCACUGCCAAUGUGUUUGACAUGAUGCCUCACAUCAAUGCCAGUCUGGGUGCAAUUCUACCCAUGAUGGGUAUGGCUAAACAAGACAAUAUGAGAUGGGUUUUCUGUAAUGUUUUACAACACUUCAGCGAAGCAAUUCUAGAGUACAUUGCUAACAUUGAGAAAGCCCCUGAUCCUACAGUCUCUAAAGUGAUGUUUGCCAGAGAAAUAUCAGCUGCUUAUGACAUACUUUUCAAUGUUUGGCUACAGUCUAAAGAAGCAAAGCUGCGAAUAGCUGUGAUAGAAGCAAUAGGACCAAUGACCCAUAUCAUGAACCGGAAUGACUUGGAAGAGCAGCUUCCAAAACUUAUUCAUGGAAUUCUUGGACUCUACAAGAAACAUCAAGUAUCUUUUCACAUCACCCAGGCCCUCUGUAUGGUGCUGGACGCUGGUUGUUCAGAAGGAAGCAUGAUUAUGGAACCAUAUCUAGAAAACCUCUACAAUGCACUUUUCCCACAAAUUACAGCCCCACUGGAUUAUGAUAAUCCCAUGAGCAUCAAAAACUACAAUGAAGUUUUGAGAUGUUUCACAGUGAUAUCUCACUCAUUCUCAUCCAAACUCAUGGCAAUUUUACUCCAAAAACUCGAGAGCAAUAAUGAGAAAACUCGGAUUGGGAUAUUGUCCAUCCUGAAGCAUCUCAUUAACGCUGGAGGUUCCAGUAUGGAUGAAAUGCAAGAAUUAUUGCUGUCUGGUCUCAAAAUCUUGCUCUCUGAAUCAAACAACAAGGUGAAGAAAGUAUUGGCACAGGUGAUCAUUGCAAUGGCCCAUCAUCAGUACCUGGAAAAUGAAGGGGGACAUCUAAUGAUUGAGUUUAUUGUCAACCAGUGCUGUUUACCAAAUGAUAACCCUCACAUGAACAAACGACGAUCUGAUAUUGAUUAUGUGACUAAUGAAAACCUGAGAAACAUGUGUGAGAAUAUAUUACAUCUUAUUACCACAACAAUAGAGUGUAUGGAACCGGUGCUGUGGCCAUUCCUGCUUGAAUACAUCACGUCAGAGCAACAUUACCAUGGAAUUAAAGCAAUCUGUCGGAGCCUUGCCUUCCUGGCCAAAAAGAAGGUAGAGAACAAGGCCACUGACUAUGUAAUUGAUUUUGAAACUGAAACCAAUAUGCCAAAACAGCAUGCCAUCAUAGCUCGACUUUUGGUCAUUGCUGGAAAUCCACUUGUAAAUGGGUGUCGAGGAAUAUAUGUACUUAACUUCAUGAAACACAUGGCCCCAAAUUUGUGUCCUGAACUAACUGAACUGUGGAACACGGUCAUUCCAAAACUGGUGUGUUAUCUGGAAGAUAAUUCUGAAAAUGAGGAAGCCUGGGUUCAGAAGAACUGGGAAGAUUUGCUACUGAAGAUGCUAUCUAAGUCUCUUGAAAUUAUCAGCAAUGAAGACUGGGUUGAAAGUCUUGGUGAAGCCUUCAGUCAGCAAAUACCAUUGUACACUAACUUGCCAAAUGAGAAGAAUUUCCUCUACAAAUGUCUUGGUAUCAUUCUGAGGAAUUCAAGCAAAAAGGAAUUCAUUUCGAAGCAGUUUGAUAUCAUAUUCUCUACUGUGAAACAUUCCGCCAUGAAAGAAAGAGAAGGAUGUGCUGUGGCCAUGGGCUUUGCAGCUACAUCUCAUUUAGAUGCCGUCCUCCAGAGACUUCAAGGGGCCACCAAACAUGACAUGGUCCGAAAGUCAUCAGGAAUCCUUGGUUUUAUGAGGGACAAAAAUGACACUGAUAUUGAGAAAGUAAAGGCCACCUUGAUUCUUUGCUAUGGUUAUGUGACAAUGUUUGCCCCCAAUACUCUUUUGAUAUCAAGGAUGGAAAUGACCAUAUUGAAGGCUAUCUACCCCUUUUUCACGAACCCAAAGGAUAUGUGUGUAAAACUUAGUUUGAUCAAAGCAACAGAGUUAAUUGGUAAAUCUUUAAGUGUGGAACGACUCAAGACAAAUUAUAAGUUCAUGCAAAGGACUGACAUUCUUGGACAUUUACAGCUCUACAUAAAAGGAGAGAGCAAAGAAUGCAUCAACAAUGAAGUUCGAACUCUUGCACUGAAUGCUGCCACCACAUUAGUUCAACUGGACCCGAAACUAAAUGAAAAGGAAGUCGAAGAUCUCGUAGAGUCGGCGACCACCAAUGUUCUUUCUCUACCCCUUGAUGGCUGUGCACCAAAGAAGGGCAAGGAAGAGACAUACGAGGAAGUUGUUGAAGCUGGAGAACAUCUUAAGGAUGCCAUCAACGCUUUAAACACUCUAUUGAGGGAGAUACUUCGCAAAGAUCUCACUCCAAAUGGACUUGAAAGUAUAUUUAAGCACCUCAAAAUAUGGUUAUCCUCUUCAAGUGACUUCCACAGAGAAAGAGUUUUGGAAACUUGGUUGCUAUUACUUCGAUUUUUCCGUGAAAAUGUGAAUCCAGUAAACACAUCUGACUUUUCUAACAUCGGGCUUUUCUUAGCCAAUUUGAUACCUCGUUGUUCUGACCCUGUCAUCAAAGUCCGUAAAUUAUCUCUGAAUUGCGUCCACACGAUCCUUGAGAGUGCUAUGAUUAUGGAAGGUGAAAAUCCAAACAAUGAUGUGAUGUUAAAUGGAUUCCAGACCUUGAAUGAAAGGAUUGAGAAAUCUGACACCAAUGUGCUGUUUGUAGUGGCAGUUGACAUCUCUAAAGUCGUAGCCAAAAAGCUUCCCAAAACACAACUGAUGUCCUUCUUGAGUGUUUUAGAAGAAGGCUUGGUAGACAACAUGGCUCACAGUUCUUCCGGUUCCUGUGUCAUGUUAACCAGCUUAAUGAAACAACGAGGACGAGAGCUUCGAGAAGAUGUUAGCACUAUUAUAGAGACAUUACACCAACGCCUUGAAUAUAUUCAACACCCACAAUCACGAACUGGGACCUUAAGAGCCCUACGAACUGUCAUUUCACAACACCUUCCUGUAGCCCUGAAGUGUCUUUUAGCUUAUCCAAUACCUUAUGACACCAACAUUUGUGCCAUCUGGUGUUGUUUGGCUGAAGAUCCACAGCUUGUAACUACUAUUGUUGACCAGCUGUUGGAAAAUCUCCUUGCCCAGCGACCCUAUGAGGAGCGAACGGAUAAUAAAGAAUCAACCCACUAUGCUUUGAUUGGUCCACUUUCUAUCAUGUGUGCAUUUGAGCAGAUGUUGACAGUGGCACAGACUGAAAGUGUUGUCAUUGACCAAUUCCACAGACUCUUCUCGGCCAUGAUAUUGAUUGUUGGAUCACUUGCCGGUGCGAAACCUCCAAGAUCCACACCUAAUGACAAUGAACCUCGGAAAAUGUCUUCCCUUGGAAAUAUUUCAUUUAUUCAACCCAGCAGCCUCGUAGUGAAAGCUUUUGGAAUGCUAUUGGAGAGGGCAAACCUGAAGGACGUCACCAGCUACCUACAGGAACAUUCCUACUGGACUAUGUUUGAAGAUCCUGACAACUACCCUGAGGCCUUUACUGCACUUGCGAGAACUCUUUCACAAAACAACCCCAACUUUAUACCUCAGAUUGUUAUUACUCUACACCCUGCUUUACCUAGUUAUCAUGAGCCCCAGAGAAUAGUGACUGCUGCUUUCUAUGCUGAGCUCAUCAACCAGAAAUGUCCAGAAAAAACAGUUCUUAUUGAAUCAAUUAUCAAUGGUUUAUUGAGUCGGAUGGUGGACAGCUCCCAUAUAGUUCGAAUGUAUUGUAUACGAGGCCUCGGUAAUAUUGCCAGCAUGGGUAAAGACUUAAUUCAGAAAUAUUCUACAACAGUUCUGUCAGCUUUGAUGUCUGGUCUUGAUGAUAAAGAAGACAUUAAUGACAACAUCACAAUGGAGGCGAUGGGAGGUCUGUCUCGGGUCAUGUCGGUUAUUGAUGAGGAGGACAUACGCUCAAUCCUCAUCAAUGUCAUCCUUAAAAUUCGUCCGUGUUUUGAGAAGGAAGUGCCUUGUGUGCGUGCUGAAGCAAUCCUACUGUUUGGCAAUUUGUCCAGAUUUGGAGGAGGACAAUCAAAAGCAGCCAUACUGGAACAAAUUCAUUCAAAUUUUGUUAGUUUGUUGUUACAUUUAAAUGAUGCUGAGGUGGAUGUACGCAAGGCUUGUAAAUUCACAUUGCGGUCAUUGGGCUCAUUACUGGACUGCCCAAAGAUUGAUGAGAAAUUCCAAAAGCUUCUCUUAGAUGAUGCCAACUUGUACUAUGGAGAAUUCAUGAACGACAUUUCCAAACUAAUCAUUAAGGAAAUGCCAGACAAAAUUAACCAAUACUUGUUGUCUUGUAUGUCAUUCUACAACAGUAUUUGGGCAGAAAUUCGUGCCAAUGCCGCCAUGUUUUCAGGUUUUCUCCUUGGGAAUUUGACGAAGGAAAGCCACAGUACCUUGCCCCGGGAACACAUAUGCACAGGUUUCAAUCCUCGUGCAUUAAUUGACCUUCUAAAAGACCCAUCUCCACAAGUGAGAGGUAAAGCAGCUGAGGCGAUGAGCCUUCUUUAUAACUAUUAACGGAAACUUUUUAUGAAAUAAACCAACACUUGCUGCAGAAGAAGAAGAAAAAAAAUAAGAGGAAUAGGAAGAUGAAG